AGGUGAAGUUCAACCACCUGAGACCAUAGACCAUAAUUGGAUCCAUCAAGUUUUAUAUUAAUUGUAUUGUUGCCUGACUCUUGUGAACUGAUUUGCGGAGCAAACUGGUUCUGUGCCAGGACUUUAGCCAUGGUAGCGGCUAGAGACUGCACGAGGUCCUCUAAGAUGUUAGAGGAUGCCUGAAGUUCAUUCCUCGUGCUCUCAUCUGCCAUUUGAGCUUUUGAUCUUCAGAACCCAGCCCUAAGAUAAACGACUCUGAUACCAUGCCAAUUCUGGGAAAACAAACCCCGUACAUAUUCUCAUUAAUUCAAGUUACUUAUAUACACGUGGUUGUAUUAUCUAAUACAACCGAAUCAGUCACAAAAAUCGGAAAAGAUUACAAUCAGAAAUUAAUUUAGAGAAUCAAGAAGUAACUAACUCCUAAGAUCACGUAAUUGACAGCUAAGCUAACAAAUUCUAGUUAUAAGUUAAAGUUAGUGUCAGCUUAAUAAUUAAGCAAGCUAGAAUUGUUGGUGCUGAAGAAUUUAGCAGCCUUUACAUUCUACAGCUUUAUGCUCUUAUUGUCAAAAAUAUUCAGCGCGUAGUAACUAAGCUAAGCAACUUAGUGGCUAAUAAGAAAACAAAAAUAAACUGUUACGAAACAUGACCAUGAUAAAAAUAAAAAAUAAAAAGAAGGAAUCUAACCAUGUGGUCAUGUAUGUUAUAAAGGACCAAGUUUCCAUUCGAACUUGUGUUUAACCCACCUAUCCUCUUCUCUUCUGAUUUGAAGCAUUGCUCUAUCGAUCCUCUUAUCCAUGACAUCCUGCGUAAGUCUAAAGCUAAGGCUAAGGCUUCCACCUGCUAGAAAGGCAUGGAAAAGUCUCUCUUCUACCAUUAGUAAACUUCACAAGUCCAAAUCCAAAGCCAUGAAAAAGUCCAGAAAGUAUUCAAAGCCUACCACCAAACCUGCCACUAAGGCCCCUCCUAAUAAGUUCCUUGUUGCCAAACGUUUUCGCCACAAAAGGUUAGACACGGUCAGAAGUUUCAUCAACAGCUUUCACAAGAAACCUGCGCCUGUGUAUAUUGAUAAGCUCUUUAGAGAGGCUUCAUGUGACUUGGUGGGGAAUUUGAAGCCACAAAGAGAAAUAGCACAAAAACCACCGACUGCAAAGCUGUGUGGAGAAACAAAGGGAGGUGGAUCUUGCUCUUCAGAUGAUAUGUGGGAGUCACUGGCGUUAGCCUCACCUCAGAUGCAUGGAAUAGAUGAACGAGCAGAGGAGUUCAUCACUAGAUUCAGACAAGAGAUGGCGGCACAAGAGAUGUUAGCAAGAAAUUUGUAGCUAUGUUAGCGAGAAAUCUGUAGCUAAACUAUCGGAAUAUUAAGUGAUCAAGGACUACAUGAUUUCUAUAUGCCAUGUAAUGAAGUGUUAUUAUUUUCUUUUCAUAGAUUAAAAAACUUAAAAUACAUCUCAUGCAGUAAUUAACCAAGACUACAAACAUUUGACGUUUUAAAAUUUAAUCUACCUAAUAAUUUCUCCUAAAUUAUCGGUUUCUGGGUUUAUCUGGCAUAGUUGCAAAAGACUAGAUAGGAUUUCUGUAAAGUUGUAGUGUAAUACCCACCAAAGACUUCCUAGACUACUGUUGACGACCAGUUUGUGUGGAUAUUCUAUCAAGGAGUUGUUAUUUUGAUUGA